ACAGCUUUUGUCCACAAGUCUUUAUCAACCAGGAGCUUGAGGGCUUUUGUUUACCCAAAAACAAGCUCGAAGGCUUUAACGCGACUUCAGUUAUUAUGUUCUAGAGAUUCUACGUGUGCAAUUCUUAGUAAAUCGAUUCGGUAAUCACUACCCUGUUGGCUUUGUAGAACCUGAAGGUAUGAUGACGAUAAAGCUUCUUCAUUGUUUGAGGCUCUGUUCCUCUCCUCGGGCUCCCUCUGCCCUCCAUCCAUUAUCUCAGAAGGUUCGCUACUCAUUCUCAUCUCUAUUGCAUAGGAGAAGAAUUAGGAUCUGUACAAAAAUGUCAGCGGAGGAACACUCGCCUCUCAGCCACCCUAUCAGCCUGGCCGUGCCUGCACGAGAAGGAAUAGGAGAACCUCUCCAGAUAAUUGCAGCGCCUGGGAUCACUCAAAAUGAAUUCAGGGAUGCUAUUGAAUCCUCUUUGUUCAAGCAAUGGUUGAAAAACAUGCAAAGUGAAACUGGUAUUUUAGCUCAAGGAGAUAUGUCUUUGAAAAGUGUACUUAUUCAGGGAGUAGAUAUGUUUGGAAAACGUGUUGGUUUUCUAAAGUUCAAAGCAGAUGUUAUUGACAUGAAAACUGGGAAGAAGGUUCCAGGUAUCGUAUUCUCACGAGGACCAGCUGUUGCUGUGCUAAUCCUUUUGGAUUCAGAGGGUGAAACUUAUGCUGUAUUGACAGAGCAGGCCAGGGUUCCAGUUGGGAGGCUUGUUUUAGAAUUGCCAGCUGGAAUGUUGGAUGAUGACAAGGGUGAUUUUGUUGGCACAGCAGUUCGUGAGGUAGAGGAGGAGAUUGGUAUACAUUUAAAUGUGGAAGACAUGGUUAACCUGACGGCCUUCCUGGACCCAUCAACUGGGAGCAGGGUUUUUCCUUCGCCAGGUGGAUGUGAUGAGGAAAUUAGCCUUUUCCUAUAUAGGGGGCAUGUCAACCUAGAGGUCAUUACAGCACUGCAGGGAAAGGAAACGGGUCUUCGUGAUCAUGGGGAGCUGAUUAAAGUGCAUGUAGUUCCCUAUAAGAAGCUGUGGCGUGCCACACCUGAUGCAAAGGCUCUAAUGGCAAUUGCCCUAUAUGAGAUGGCCAAGAGAGGAGGGCUUCUUCCUUCCUGAGUCUUUUACCUGAUUUCCCCAGCCUCUGCAUCUGUUUUUGUUAGAAAUUAUAUCCGGUGCUUCAUGACUACACAGCUUCUCUCAUUUUCUUUAUCUAAUGCGUAUCAAUUAAAAUGUCAUUUAUCUUAAUUUAGUAAACAAUGAAUAUUAAUCUGUAGUUUUGAUCUCCUAUUCUGAUCUUGAUAAUAUCCUGUUAAACAUGAUAGAACGUUGUCUCCAA